AGAAGAAGAAGAAUCAGAAGCCGGAAGUCCGCCGCUGAACAUGCCGGUCUGCUUGUGGAGUAGUGGUCGGGCAUGGGCUCUGUCUGCUUUCGGGACACUGUGCAGGAGAAGUCGUCUGGUCCUUCCAUGCAGCACAGCUUCGUAUCAUUCACACCGUAGCCCUGCUCUGCGCCACAACUAUAGCCCUGUGAGAUUUCCACUGAUCUCGCAGAGGUCACGCCCAAGCAUCAUCUCGACACUUGGUGCCUUUUCUGUAGUUCAGGGAUCCAGAAACUUCUGCGACAUGUCGUCCAGCCCGAUGUCCCAGAGGAUGGUGUGGGUGGAUCUGGAGAUGACAGGUCUCGACAUCGAGAAGGACCAGAUUAUUGAAAUGGCCUGCAUAAUCACGGACUCGGACCUGAAUAUUUUGGCUGAGGGACCCAACUUGAUAAUUAAGCAGCCAGAUGAGCUGUUGGAAGGGAUGUCUGAGUGGUGCAAAGAGCAUCACGGAAAGUCAGGACUGACCCAGGCUGUCCGAGACAGUAAAAUCACCCUGGAACAAGCAGAGUACGAGUUUCUGUCCUUCGUCAGACAGCACACCCCUCCGGGACAGUGUCCCCUUGCUGGUAACUCUGUACAUGCAGACAAGAAGUUCCUGGACAAGUACAUGCCCCAGUUCAUGUACCACCUUCACUAUAGGAUCAUUGACGUCAGCACCAUCAAAGAGCUCAGCAGACGGUGGUUUCCAGAGGAAUACAAGAUGGUGCCUCAAAAGAAAGCAUCCCACAGGGCCUUGAAUGACAUCCAGGAGAGCAUUCAAGAGCUGCGGUACUACAGGGCCAACGUUUUCAAAGCGUCGACAGAGAAGAAGCGCAAGAUCCUAGAAAACCAAAUCAGCAACAUAACUCACACAUGAGCGACAACCUGGAAUUUUCACUGUGGCACUUCUCCAAAAAGAGCAGUUUUCUAGCGGCGGCUUAUCCUAAAGGAUCUUGUUUUUCCGAGUUUAAAAGCAAAGAAAGAACUUAUUAUUUAGCAGUUCUGUUUUUAUUUAGUCAUCUUUUGUCUAAGAUUUAGGUUUUGUUUAUUUUAAUAAAGCCAAAUAAAAGAGUGGAAACGA